AUACGUAUAUAUUUUUACUAAAAACGAAAGUAGGUUUAAAGAUGGGUAAACAUUGAUAUCCGGAUGUGUAUACACAGUUUUCAAACAAGCAAGGGGCUACCCAUAUGUAGAGUAACAGCCGAGCGGACUGAGCAGGACUAGUAUUCAAGUGACGGCUCAGCAAGACAAAUAAACUAAGAUGGCAGACGUAUCUAUGAUCACGGAUGACGAAUAUGUUUCACCUGACGAAUUUAAUGAUGAAAUUACGAAUGACCUUAACAAAAAAGUGAAUGAAUUAUCUAAACAGCUUAAAAAUAUGAAAAUAGAAAAAGAUGAAGCACAUAGAUACAUAAAUGACAUGUCUGCCAAAAUUGCUUCUCAUGGAGAACUUGAAAAAGAGGUCAAACGCUUAACAAUUCUAAACCAUGACCUUGAGAAUAGAUUACAAGCUGAGGAUAAGGCGUAUGUAAAAUUAUGGAAAGAAGUUUCUCCAUCAAAAGAUAAUGGGAGUGGUGAAAAGACGGACCCUGCAACUACAUCGACAGAACGCAAGGAGGAAAGCGACACAAACUCUGGUAUUUUAAACGAGAAAACACCAACCUCGCAAGCGGACAAGACCGUUCAACAGAAUCAAGAUAGGAGUGUUACAGUUACAGCGAGCGUUACCGAACUUACAGAGGAAAUACGGAGGAAGGAAGAACGUAUACAAGAACUCAAAAAUGAGGUGAAGACAUUGAAGUCCAGCCUGCAGGAGACAUUGAAAAUCAAGGACAAAUACAAGAAGACACUUGAGAAACUUAGGGAUGAGAAACAAGCUUUGAGUGAAGAAACAAGUAGACGACUAACACAAGGGGACAACAAAAUGUGUAAAAUGGAAGAAAAUCUGAGAUUGAUGACAGCAAGGAGAGAUCAGUUGGAAAAGGAUUUGGAAAAAGCAAACGAGGAGCUGGAUUUAACUGAGAAAAAACUGACUGCAGUUAAGAAGGGUCACCAGUCGACACUCGCCGAAGACGGAAAGGCCAUGUCUUCUGAAUUAGGAAUUGUACACGUCGACGAGUUACGAGAAGCACUUGUAACGAAAAGUGUUGAAUGUGAGAAAAUGCUGUUGAAAAACGAGGAACUAAAGAAAAUACUGGAGGAAAAAGGAAGCACACAAGGUAAAUUGGAAGAACGUCUUACUCUGAUAACAUCGAGAAAAGAUCAAUUGGAAAAAGAUUUAGAAAAAGCAAAAGAGGAUCUAGACCAAAUGGCGAAGAAACUGACUAAAGUUAAUCAGGAUCACAAGUCGACACUCAUCGAGAACGAAAUGGCCAUCUCUUCUGGAUCAGAAUGUUUACAGCUUGAAGUCGACACGUUGAUAAAAGACCGUUAUAACCAGAAUGAAUCACAAGUCUGCUUUGACUCAUUGACUGUCCAACCUCCAAAGACAAGGAAAAGUAUAGAGAUUGGACUACGUAGUUUGCGUAGUGGGAUGGGAAAAACCAUGGUUGACGGAGUAACCAAAGGGCUGCAGAAACUUCUACAUGACAGACUGCUCAGAGAAAAAAUAGAUCUUCACAUCAAACCAUGCCAAACCUUAGAUGAUGCUACGGGUGGACCUCACUUUGUUCUUUGUCUAGCCAAAUCAAUCAUAGGAACAAAGGUCCAAGCAUUGGAAGGAAUACCAGGGAACAAAGAUACCGUCCUCAUCAUUAUCUACUAUACUGAAACAGAUACAAAAGAAUGUCUGUCGAUGUCUAUUCCAAGUUUCCGUCUUUACGGGAGCGAGUUACGUCCACUUGGCGGGACCAUAGAUAUGCUAUUCGGCGGUGGCAGCGGUCUCUACGACUGUGACGUCAACAACUCUGCAGUGGAGAGAAUUACGACCUUUUUAAAGAAAUAUUGACUUCAUUCAUCGAAGUCAACUAAAAGAUAAGAUGUCAUAGUUUUUAUAUAUGACAGACAUAAUCAAAUAUAGUGUGUUUCAAAUGUAUAUCAUACAUUUACAAAAUGUAGUAUUUCUUUCUAUAUAUACGUAUUUACAUUUUGGUUUUUACAGUUAAACAGUAUCGAUGGUAACAUUUAUUUUUUAUUCAGAUUGAAGUUGUUUCUUUUAUAGGAGAGAAAACCUUAUAUAAUAGAAAAACUAUCGGUUGUACGUUACAUGGUAAUAGAUAAUUGUCUUUAUAUUGAACAAUUGUAUGUGGUGCUACAGUGUAUUUAAUUAACUUCGUGUCAAAUUUUCUAAUGAGAGAAGUGUAUUUAUGUAUUACAAACAUUUAGAGGUUAGUUAUUUAUAGAUGUUAAGGACGGGCACACAAAGAGAAAUGUUUCUCAAUGUUACAUACAGACAUACAGAAUUAGCGCAUAUAAAUGUUACUGACAAACAAACAGAGUUAGUGCAUACAAAAGUUACAGACAGACAUACAGAGUUAGUGCAUACAAAUGUUACAGACAGACAUACAGAGUUAGUGCAUACAUAUGUUACAGACAGACGUACAGAGUUAGUGCAUACAAAUGUUACAGACAGACGUGCAGAGUUCGUGCAUACACAUGUUACAGACAAACAUACAGAGUUAGUGCGUACAAAUGUUGCAUAUGUUGCAAUCAUGCAUAUUUAAGAUUAUAUUGAUGUUACAGAAAGAAAAUCAUAAAGAGGUAAAUGUUUAUUAAUGUUUCAGAGAGAAAGACAUGUGUGUAACAUUAAAUCAGUUUACAUACUAAUGUUACACAUAGGCAGAGAUACACAUAGACAGAGAUACAGAGGUGGGUGUAUAUUGAUGUUACACAUAGGCAGAGAUACAGAGGUGGAUGUAUAUUGAUGUUACACAUAGGCAGAGAUGCAGAGGUGGAUGUGUAUUGAUGUUACACAUAGACAGAGAUACAGAGGUGGGUGUAUAUUGAUGUUACACAUAGGCAGAGAUACAGAGGUGGAUGUAUAUUGAUGUAACACCUAGGCAGAGAUUAAGAGGUGGAUGUAUAUUGAUGUUUCACAUAGGCAGAUAUACAGAGGUGGGUGUAUAUUGAUGUUACACAUAGUCAGAGAUACAGAGAAGGAUGUUUAUUGAUGUUACACAUAGGCAUAUAUACAGAGGUGGAUGUGUAUUGAUGUUACACAUAGGCAGAGAUACAGAGGUGGGUGUAUAUUGAUGUUACACAUAGGCAGAGAUACAGAGGUGGAUGUAUAUGUUUAAUCUUACAAACACACAUAUGUUAGUCCAUAAUGAUAUAAUUGACCUACCGAGGUUAGUUUAUAUUAACGUUAUAGACAGACAGACAUAUAGAGGUUGGUGUAUAUUGAGGUUGCACACAGACAGAUAGACAAACCCACACCUCUACACACAGACAGACAUUUAUAAAGGCGUAGUUUAUAUUUACAGUUACACCAGUAUCAGCAUAAAGUAAUGUUACAGACAAACAGACAUACAGACGUUAGUUUAUAUAUUUUCGCCCAUGUGAGGUUGUAUAAUUUGUAUUGCAGCAAUGUUACAGUUGUAAGCUAGAUCUGAUUUCUGUUACUUCACUGUAUACUUUUCUUAUAGAUUAGAUAAGUGUGUCUUUGUGGGUUUGACGAGGAACAUAAUGGCAAGUGCUUCAUGCGGUGUAGGGAAUGCUCAUCCUUCAGGAACAAAAAGAUUUUUUUUUAUCUGCGGCUCUGAUCUCAACCGGUCCGCAGGACAAGUUAAUUUACACCAUGUCUGAAGUUUUUCGUCACUGUGUUCCUUUAGAAGACCAGUCAAAAAUGGCUAAAGGGAUCAUAACUUCAUGUAAAUUUGGUUUGGAGCCUCUUAACGCCACGGGAAAAAAUAAUGGCAUGCCCUUAGGGAUGGCCACAAAAGACGAAAUGGGUACUAGAAUAUGUUAGGUUCUUCUGCCGUUUCCCCGUGCCAAUGUUUACUUAACGUGAUGACAAUGAUCACCUAACGAUCAUAAACAAGUACUGUUUGUUUUGGUGAUAAUUAUGAAUUAAAGAUGGCUGCAUUGUCUUUUGAAUGGCAGUGACAUUGUCAGCCCCAAAAUGCAACCAUGCUGAUUUUAAUUAAGCUUGAAACAAAUGAUCCUCUCAUGGCUGGGAAAGACUUUGGCUGUUGUUUGGCUAAUUAAAAAACAAACAUGGAAUCCGACGUAUUUUCACAUUCAAUACUGUCUGUUUGUUUGGUUAACUUAGUAUUUAUUGUCUUAUUAAAGAUGAUCUAAUGUCAAUUCAGCAGAAUGUAAAACUUUCUACUAAGAAAAAAACCCUCAUAAAAUUAUUCAGAUCCCUUUGGCAUCUUACUGUUUUGUAUGGCUUGUAUAUAUAUAUUGCUGAUUGUGGUUGUAGGAUAAUAUCACGUAGUUCGAUAUGUCUUGUUGUUUUCAACAUUUGCUUACAAUAAAGAUACUGCAGAACUUGUUUGUUGAUUUUUAUACAAUCGAAUACAUAUGACUAUAAUGCUAUAUUGUGCAUUCACUACAGUUUUUUCUGUUACUACUGAACCUCGACAGGUGCAUGCAUUAUUUCAAAAGA